GGACAAAUCUACCUCGUUAGCGCGGUUAGAGUUCUCGUGAGACAUGAACUGUGUUUUGACGCUUUUUGUUUCAACUUCUUACCAUUUCAUGCCUUCCUUUGGAGCUGAGAUUAGAAAAGGUAUGCUGUAAUUCAAUACUAUUAGAUUUUGGUGUUGCUACUGAACUGUGGAGACGAUCUUUAUAUAGGACUAGUCGAUGACACUGGUAACAUCAUACCGGCAGUCUCCCGAAUCACAGUUAUUUUGCAUGGCAACCCAUGUGUACUAUUUCUCACAAAUAACAAGUAAUUAUACAAUGUAGAGCCAAAACAUGUCUGCAUCAUAAAAUAAAUGUAUUUGGCUGUGCGGAAAUCUUGCCCAAAACUACCUCAGAAAUGCCAACUUCUGGAGAUCCAGACCUUGAGAUAAGGGGGGUGGAGCGGGGUGGGGCGGGCAUCUAGACCCUCAGAUAAGAGUUUGGGGGGAGGGGUGUGGGGCAGAGACAGGAGCCCUCAUGUUCUCUUGGCCUUAUUAUUAUCUUUAAACUUCCCCCCCCCCCCACACACACAUGUCCAUAUACACUAUUGUAGCUCAUGGAUAGGGGGCAGGAUUCUGGUACUUUUUCUGAUCAGCUUGUUACUGUUAUUAGCUUGCUGUCGUGUGUCUAACAUCUGAUAUCAGCAAACACAUUUUGUGUCAUGUAUGCAAUAAAUUUUUUACCACUGACUUUAGUCACUAGAUAAGUUUAAUUUUAACUUAAUUCUGUGCAUUAAAAAUGAGUCUAUACCCCUGGUCUAUACCUAAAAAAGCAUUUCAAAUUUUGGCCCCCCAAAGACUGCAUUUUCCUCUUCAGAAAUGUCCCACAGAUUGGGAUCUAAGAAAGGCUGGCGAUCUGUCAUGUGACAUUACUUGAUUUUCUCAGCCUUUGCUUCUGAUUCUGGUUAUUACUUUGUGUUUUCAAAGAGGAAUUACGGAUGUAUCUGGCUGUAACAAAAGUAUAGCCAAUAAAUGAAAAUUCUGAUGAUGAUUUGGGAAUUGUUGACAACAACAAUCCUUCUGAUCCUUUGCAUUUGCGGCAAUCUUGUUAAUUAUUCUACAUUGUUGCAAAUGAUUCUACAUCAUAUUUGUCAAUAAUUAUUAUUAUAUCUGGCAGUGCAAUAGGGCAGACAUAUUUGGAGGCAAAAAUGCUCGAUUUGAAGGCAAAAAUAAAAGGUUCUGCAAGAUUUUGAAGAGUUUGAAUUACGAAUAGUUAUGUUAAACAUAUUUAAGAAAUUAAAACCGGCUUAAAAAAUUUGUGUCAUAUACACUUUAAAAUAUUUUGACAUAACCCAACCAAUUACUGUGUGAAUAUUUAUACUCUACUUAUUAGUCUUAUUACCACUACUAAUUCCACCAUUUUUGUUUUUCAAAAAGAUGAUGCUUCUCUCUAUCAAAGAACAACCACAACACUGAUAGCUGUCAUAGGAGUGAUCAUUUGCUUGGUUGCUCUCAUUAAAUGGUAUUUCAGUGGAGCAGUUUGUAAGUCCAAGGCUCGAUUGGAUGGUGAGUGAACAGCAAAAUGUUAGCUUUAUUGGGCAAGAUCAAAUCGAAAAAAUGAAAUAUAUAAAAGAAUUGAAAAUAUACAAACAUAAAGAAUUAAAGCCCAAAAGGGAUGGGUACGGACAGGACACUCAGACCCAUGCGGGGUGCCUACCCUAGGAAAAUAUAAGGAUUUAAAAUAAUAGUAUUUUAUAGACAAAAAAGUAAAAUCUAGUAGUAGUAAGAGGAAAGUCUCGUUGUAGAACAAUCUAAUAUUGUAAAAUUGUCGUGUAACUGUACAGAAAUCUCAUAGUAUUAAAAAAAAGAAAAAGAAAAUGUAUACAUAAUUUUAUAUACAUACAUAUUCAAGUUAGUGACAUGAACAUUCACGAGAUAUGAAAGGUAUAGAAAUGAAAAAUUAGAAUAAAAGACAAUAGUCUAUUAAUCGAGUGUCUCUACAAAGAGUUUCUUGCAUAAAAAUAGCUAGUCUCUAAAAUACUAAAACAGAAGGGUUAUAAGGGUUAGAAGGGUUAUAAUAAUGCAAAAUCUUUCAAAUAAAAAGGUAUUGGCAGCAUGCACGUACCUGCCCAGGUGACAUGGGGAUCUGCGAAAAGACUUGACCAUUUUUCAGUGUUCAACACAACUUUUGGAGGGAGACUGGUUCAUUCAUACCUAGAAUUUUUUUCAGAUUUCUGCUCCUGAAAGUGCCAUUUCUGUAUUAUUUUCGCGUCUUUUUUUUCCAUAGACAGGGUGGAGAAUCGCCCCCCAUACUCAAGUGCACCCCCCCCCCCGAAGAUUCUUUCUAUAAGUAAAUACUUUUAGGGUAAUCUAUUAUACCAUCAUGCUGAAAAUGUCAUUUUUACCCUUGGCUUAUUAAUUACUUGAUUAAAGGAACAGGUUCAUGGUUCAGCACACAGCUCAUUCAUCAAAAUGCUGUUUUUCUGCUGGGACAUGCUGUAUCAUCUAUGCAAGCAAUAUGUCAUAAUGUUGUCAAAGAGCCGAUCUGCACACUCCCCUGGCAGUCGCUUGCACUUGAUCAACUUGAAUAUUUGCAAAUAGCUGUAAAUUAAUCAACCGUGGAAUAAAACCUUAGGGUCAGCAAUAAAUUUAAUGUUGGUAGUGUCGGCAUAAUCCACUUAUUUUUUCUGCGAUUUUAGUACUCCUCCAUCCUACUUCAGGUUUUUCUGAAAUACACUCUGAGCUCACUGAGAUACAUGUGAGUGCAGUUAUUAACCCAUAGAAGUAAUAAUAAAUUGGAAAAAAGUAAUUUAAUUCAUGUGAGCAUGCACUUAACCAUGAACCUGUCCCUUUAACUCAUUACUCUUUGCUGUUUUAGGGAAGACUGCUAUAGUCACAGGUUCAAACACUGGAAUAGGGAAGGAGACUGCACUGGAUUUUGCCAAGAGAGGAGCAAGGGUUAUCUUGGCUUGCCGAGAUGAGGAGAAGGCCUCUAACGCUGCCAAGGACAUCAUUUCUGAGACUGGAAGUGAUAAAGUUAUCAUCAGGGUUCUUGACCUGGCCUCGUUUGAGUCUGUGAGAGCCUUUGCAAGGCUCAUCAAUGAAACAGAAGAGAGACUUGACAUUCUUGUUCACAAUGCUGGUCUUGCAGCGGGAUCAUACCGGCUAACUAAGGAUGGAUGGGAAAGUGUAUUUCAGGUGAACUACCUCAGCCAUUUCCUUCUGACCAUGCUGCUGUUGGAGAAGUUAAAGAAGUCUGCCCCCAGUCGCAUUGUAAAUGUGUCAUCGAUACUUCAUACUAAGCCAAAGGCUAUACCUUUAGAUGACUUUAAACUUUCAAAGGAGAAGUUUGAAGGAUUCAAACGAUAUGGAGAGUCCAAACUUGCACAGGUUGUGUUUACAAGGGAACUAAGUCAGAGAUUGACAGGUUAGCAGAAUUCAGUGUUUAUUAUGCCAUUUCUUUCGUUGGUUAUAGUUGUUUUGUUUUGUAAUUACUGAUAACAAAGUGGAGCAUCUGGUGUGUCCUAAAGAGAGGGCGCAAGCAGAGCAAUUUUCUUUUUGCAUUAAAACAACUUUUUUAAUUUCAUACAGUUACAGGCCAUUGUCAUUGGCAAUAUGUUAUCCGCAGUGAUGUUAUGAUCUGAUCUAGACAAAUUAAAAACACUUAUGGAAUAUACUGGUUUGUUUGAGUGGUAAUAAUGUGAAACAUAGUGAUAACAACAUUAUUUUUGAUAACAGUAAUAAUAAUCUCUAUUAGCUUGCUAAUGCAGUUGUGAUUUUCGUUUUGGCUUAUUUCUACUAGCGUGUGUGUUUGUGUGUAUGUUGUGGUUAAUUUUUGUUUUUCUUUUGUUUUGGGGUAUGGUAAUAUUAAUGUUUGCUAAAGAAAUUAUUGAAACAAAGAAAACAUAAAAAUUACCUGAGGUAAAAAUAUUAACUACAACAUAUACAUUCCUGAGUUGCCAUGUUGUACCUCCCCUUGCUGUAAAUAUGUUUUUAAAAUCAUCCUACUGAAUCUGUAAUAUUUAUAGGCUUCCUGGCAUUUUUAGGUAUUUUCAGGUUCUGGGUAUUUUUGUGAAGUCGGUACCCCUUUAAUUACUGGUAACUAUGCAUAAUUAAUAUUAUAACUUGUAAUUUAAUGGUCUUUAAUGUUUUGGGCACAGUGAAUAAAAUUGUUGUGGUUGAUGUUCCAUACGUUAGUUACUGUUUGUGAACUGGCCAAAAAAUACAUGUGCAUCUUCUGAAAAAAUUGUACUUGUUCAAUUUUCAUUGCAGGUACUGGCUUAACUGUGUAUGCUCUUCAUCCUGGUGCUAUCAAGUCUGAUAUUUGGCGCCACUGGAAGUUGAUACGUAUGCCCCUUGUCAAACAGCUUUGGCAGUUUCUAACAUUCUUGUUCUUUAAGGAUUGCAAGCAAGGAGCACAAACUACAAUAUACUGUUCAGUUGCAGAAGAGUUGGCUGGUGUCUCGGGUCUUUACUAUAGCGACUGCAAAGCCAAAGAGUGUAGUAAAGUUGCAAAAGAUCCUGGCUUGGCAAAGAAGCUUUGGGAAGCAAGUGAGAGGAUAACAGGAGAAAGCUGGAAACAAUAAAACUUGAUACCAGCUUUAACACAAAAAAAGUAUUGUCUUACAUGUGGUGGCCAGAAUAUUUCCUUGCGAUUAUUUGGUGUCUUGAUUCAAAUGACUUUUUUAUAUUUUAUUUAUCAUUAUAGUUAGUUUUCUAGAUAGAGGAAGUGUUUCCUGUCCUACCUGCAACAAUUCUGUACUCAUUUGUUUUCUUCAGUGUUUGUGCUUUAAAAACUGUAAAUUUAAGUUAAUUAUAAAUACACAUUAAUAGCUCUAGAAAUUCAGUGAAAAUUUCUUUAUUUAGAAAAAUGACUUUUUUUCCUGUACCAUUGUUUAAAGUUCCUCACUUUUGUAAUAGUAAGUUGGCCUGUAAUAAUAUGCCAGGUUGUUAAAUCUAUGACAUACAUUUUUUGUUAUUAAAAUGACGGAUGCGUUUUGCUUCAAUUGCACUCAACUAGUUGUUUUUGAUCAGUGUGAAUGGCUUGAAGAUCCGAUAGCAAUUGAAAAUAUUAAACUUGCAUCAGCGAUUGAUUUAGUUUAGCCUGUACUUCGCCCCAACCCCCCAAUGGGCGACGAUACAGGCCCCCGGUUGUGGGUUGUAAGAGGACUUUGUAAUUCCUUUAAGUUGCCAAAAAUUUAAUCAAGUUGCCCCGAACAUUAAAAGUUGCCAAAAAGUUGCUCCAAAUAGCUGAAGUUGCCAAAACGUUGCUCACCUGCGUAGCUGGCGGUUUUUUCGGUGUUUUUUUGUGGUUCGCAAACGAAGAGUUAGAGCGGCGCGAAUGCAGAACUGAGGUCGAAACAGAAAACAAUGGGCGAGGGGCUUUCGCACGGUUGUAUCUCUUACUUUGCGAACCACAAAACGAAAAACACACCAACAAAACCGCCAACCACGAAGGCUAAAAAAUUGCCGAGCAACUUGUGGCUGUUUAGUAAACUUUCACCUGGGUCUCCGAGAAUGGGGCACGUGCGCCUCAGUCACGAAAAGUUCUCCAUGUCACGCCAAUUUUUUUUCCAGUCUCCACUCGGACUUCACAUCGUCAAUAAUUAUGGCGUCUUGGUGGAUGAAGAUUGUCGUUCCGUUUUUGUUUCUCUUACUUGCUUUCAGUUAUGCGACAGGUUAGUGCCUUUAACAUAUUUUGAUACUGUUAAAUUUAUCCUUCAUUGAGAUUGAAGCCUAAAAUUUUAUCUAGACCUUAAACGCGUACUAUCAAGUCACGAAGUGCCAAUGAUACGUUCUAAGCUUUAUAACCACAAUUUUAAGCCUUCUUUACUAAAAACUUUGUACCGCUUUGAAAUAUAAUACUUAUCUAGUAAUUUCAAUUUCUUUUUAGUCAAUUUAUCUUUCCUUUUUAAGGGGUAUUACUGCUUCCUUUUUGCGAUCUACUUCUAAUCAGUAUUUUCAAACUUGAGAUGUUAAAAUAAUUAUUAGUUGCACCUGCCAUGUAUGCGUCCCAGGCCUCGAUGAUUUAUUGUAAGCUUUGACAGUUUUAAGACCUUUUAAGAAAACGCCAAAGUACUGUAAUCCAAGUUUUCGAACUGCGCGGACACGAAACGAAUUAAUUCUAUAAGUUAGAAAGCCUUGUCAAGUUCUUUCAAUGUUCUUGCUUAAACCGUGUGGCAUUUGCCCCUUUCUAAGAUAUGUUGAUCUAUUAUUUAUGCCAUCUACUAAUGUUUUGCAGUAGAGUCCUUUGUUACUGUUUACAUUAAUCUUUUAUUGAAUAUGAAAUUUUUGAACAUGCAAAGAGUGAAAUGAUCUAACGGUAAUAAACUCUUGAUCAAUGUGAUCUCUUAGCUGCUGUUAUGAAAAUAUAUUUUCCCCUUGGAUUUGUGCCUGAGAGUUUGAAGGAUCAGGAAAACUCACAAACAAUGCACAGUACUGUAGCAGGUGCAGGAAGAACACAGUCUCCCAUGUAGCCAUGGCAACCCUUAGUGGAAAAUGUUUAAAAAACACACUUAAAUUAUAAAUCUUAUCGUUGUAGUUAAAUCUAGCAGUGGGAGCUCAAUUUAAACUGAGUGGGAAGGGGUGGGGGUAGAGAGGGGUGGCUUUCUGCUAAACUGCUUACAAGUAAAUAUUCAUUAUUUCAUUGUUUUGUCAGGAUCAGUACCAUGUGAGGAUCACCAUCCCAAAUGUGGUCACUGGGCAGCAAGGGGUGAAUGCAAGAAAAAUGUCAAGUGGAUGUCCAAGCACUGCAAAGUAAGCUGUGGCAAGUGUGCUCAAGGUAUGCAGCCUGGGUCUACUGUAAGAUAAAUCUCAGGAGAGGAAGAAAAAUUUUGGACUUGGAUAAUUUUCAUUAUUAAUAUUACUGAAAAUUAUCUGAAUUUGUUUAAACAUCCAAUCUGUAAAUUCAUUUUAUUGUAAGUUGUAAAAGUUAUUUUGCUGUUGUAAAACUAUUGUAGCGCUGAGAAUCUAUGCCCCAGGCUUACAUUUAUAUCUUGGCUGUAAAUGUGGUAAUAAUUUUUUUUUCCUUGCAGCCAAUGUUUAUGAACUCUCUAGACAAGCUUUGCUAGAAACGCAUGGUAGCUUUCUGAUUCUUUUUAGUAUCCCAGUCAUAGUAGUGGUGGGAGUUGUCAUCAGGAUGUACUUUGAAGGACCUUCCUGUCCAAGUUCUGCCAAACUAACAGGUACCUUUCUGCAUGUGGUGUUGUAUACAGUUAAACCUGUGUACAGCGGUCACUCUUGGCAAGGUGAUGGUUAUAAUACAGGGUGAUCGCUAUAUACACAGGUCAACUUUGCAGAAAAAUAAUAUAAGGCAACUGAAAAUUUUGGGAAGUUGUCUGGUGACUAUAAUAUACAGGGUGAAUGCUAUAUCCAGGGCCGCUAUACACUGGUCAACUUUGCAGAAAAUAUAAGACAACUGAAAAUUUUGGGAAGUUGUCUGGUGACUGUGAUGUACAGGGUGAACGCUACAUACAGGGCCGCUAUAUACAGGUAAACUUUGCAGAAAAUAAAAUUCAACUGAAAAUUUUAUCUAAUUGUCCAGUGACCCUAAUAUACGGGGUGAUUGCUGCAUACAGGGCCGCUAUAUACUUUACUACAGAGCCCUCCUACGGCAAAUUUUAUUUUUUGUUCGUUUCCAUUUUUGUUUGCUGAAGUUAAGAUAAAUUAAUAAAUUUUACACCUUGUCUUUUGUAGGAGAUUAGGUGCAUAACUCCCCAUAACCCCAUUGACUCACUUCCACAUUUUUUUAAUCCUUGUUCAUGUGUCAGUUUUAUUAAUUUUAAUACAGUCAAACCCCCCAGGGGGGGGGACUCCGCAUAUGAAAUGGGUGGAGAUGCUCGUGGGAAAUUUUGAAUUAAACCCCUAAAGGAGACCGAUCUGGGCGUGGCCCAAGCAUUUUUGACCCCUAAAAGAGACGAAAAAAAUAUACAUAUCAAAUAUAUAUUUUUAUAUUUUUUCGCAUGCAACCCUAAACGAGACCUUCACGGCUAAAUAUGAUGGCGUUUUUCCCAGAACACCCUAAGUGAGACCAAAAUACAAAAUUUACACCCCUAAGCGAGACGACAAGCAUCCCCACCAUUUCAUAUGCGGAGUCCCCCCCCCCCCCCAGGGGUCAAACCUCUCCACAACAGCCACCUUGGGGACAGAAGAAAGUGGCCAUUGUGGAGAGGUUGCCAUUAACAAUUUUUUGGGGGGGAGUACAACAUGCUUAUUGUGCUAAGUUCAUGCUUACUGUAAUGGUAAUCCAAUCAUAAAUAAUAAUUAUAUAGAGAUAAAAUUAUACACAAAAAAACUUGAAUAAUAAUUUUAAUCUAAAUGUUAAGACAAAACAAGCAAGGUUCACAACACUCACUAUAAGUAUUGUGGUCAAUUUUUAAAAUAUGCCUACUGCAGCAAGAUAAAUGGAAAACCAACCAAAAUAUGAUUGCCACGAUUAAUCAUCAAUGCACCAUACAGAUCAAAUUUCAUAACCAUUCUUUAGUCACUGAAAAAACUGGCCAUUGUUGAGAGGUUAUUUUGGAUAUGCAUUAGUGGCUGUUGCCGUAGUAGAGAGGUUUAAACAAGAGUCAAUGUAUAGACUGUCCACUGGGACAAAAGGAGUUGUGGAGAGCUGGCUGUUAUAAUUGGAGGUUUGACUGUAUUUUUCUGUUAUGUGGCAAUUAAGAACCUCAGCUAAAAUUGAAACUUGAACUUGCUUCAAGUUUGAAACUUAAAACUUGCUAAAAAGAAACAAAAAGAUCACUGUAAUUUUUUUUCCUCUUUCCGGUGGGUGCUAGGGUGCCACGUCAUAGUGAUAAGAAAAUUAUUUUGCCUUCUACUUACACUGUAUGUGGCAUCCGUUCAAGUCUGUUUGAGAGGCAAGACAGUUGUAGUGUGGGUAUGUUGGUUCUCACCGUAGAUCCAAGAGUUUUUUCUCCGGGUACUCUGGAAACCAGUGUUUCCAAAUUCCAGUUUUAUAGCUGAUUUGAACACCAGUGGCGGACAAAAAGAACAACGAUUUGGAUGUGCCACAAUAUGUAUCUUAUGUUAUAAAGUAAAAGUCCUUUUUUUCUGUCAUGUUAAACUAGUUUUUUAAUGAUUUCACCCUUAGGCAAAACGGUAGUGAUAACCGGAGGCAACACUGGUAUUGGAAAGGAAACAGCUCGGAUAUUGGCAUGGAGAAAAGCAAGGGUUAUCCUAGCAUGUCGAAACAUCACAAAGGGAUUACAAGCUGCCUCUGACAUUAUAGAAAACACCGGAAAUAGAUACAUAGAAGUGAAAAAGCUGGACUUGUCUUCAUUCCAGUCUGUUCGAGAUUUUGCAGAAGAAAUUAAUCAGCAAGAAGAAAGAGUUGACGUUUUGAUUAACAAUGCUGGUUACCUAGGGCCUUUCACAUCCACAGUUGAUGGGUUUGAUAAUACUAUUCAAGUGAACUAUCUGGGUCAUUUUCUGCUGACAAACCUCUUGUUGAAUAAACUGAAGGUUAGUUCACCCAGCCGCAUAAUAAAUGUAUCCUCUGUGCAACACACACAGGUGUCAUCGCAAAUUGAUGUUGAUAAAGUCCUCUCUCAAACAAAGCAAGGGCAUCCGGGAUAUUUCCAUGACUAUAACAUCAGCAAACUGUGCCAGCUUCUUUUCACAUUGGAGUUAAGCAAGAGAUUACAAGGUAAAUCGGCAGGGUAUAUUUGUAUAAACUAGUUGUAAGCCACCAAGAAAACAUUAUUAUUAUUAAGCUAUUGGACCCGUUUAGCCCAUCCCAAACUGCCCACCCAUAACCACCGCCCCCCCACUUGUGGAUCCUGUGAUGUCAGCAGUUUUGACAUCUAACCACGUCCCCCCUGAGAAGGGUGGAAACCUUCAACUCAUAACGGAAUGAACAUGAUUUGCAAAACAAGCCGGAGAAUAAUGCACAAAACCAUUUAAAGUUGAUCCAAGAAUGAAGUAAUAAUCUUGUUCCACUACCCACCUUCAAACUAAUCUCAUAAUCCUAAAGGUUUCCCAUAAGUUAUUUUCCCCCAAAAUUAAGCCUAGUAAAUGCCUAGCAAAAAGGAAAAAAAACAGUUAGAAAGUCAAAAGAAGCAGGGAAGAGAGAAACCGAAAGGUAGAAGUCGAAAUUUUCCCUUGACCUGUGUAUGCCCAAACUUCGGAAACUGGAAAUAUGCAAUAGAAACAGAAAAAAGUGCAGUGCUCACGCAACUGGUGAACGCGUUACUGGGCAGCAAGAUGAUUGACGGCAGAGAAAAACGCAAACGUCAGUUGGUUGAGUUCGCGUGUUUAUGAAAAGCGCAGUAAACUGUGUUUUUGGGCAAAAUUUCUUGAGGGCGAUUGGAUUAAAACAUGAUAUAUAGCUGUUAAGUGAACACUAACUACCCCAUACAGUGCACUGGGAAGUUAAUCAAUGACACUCAACAACCGUACUAUUCUACAAGUGCAACAUGGUUCACUAUGUACAAGCAGAAUCCUAUUUUUAAAGUCUGCAAUAAAAAAGGCGAUUAUCCUAUUUUAUCCCAUCAUCAUCAGGUACAGGAGUAACAGUGAAUGCCCUUCACCCAGGAGUUGUAGACACCGAAAUAAUGAGGCACUUCCGCAUUGCAAGGAUGUGGAUUUUUCAGCCAAUUCUCUGGAUUGUGAGCUAUUUCUUUUUCAAAUCAACAAAUUCUGGAGCCCAGACCUCUGUGUACUGUGCAGUGGCCGAGGAACUAAAAGAUGUGACUGGAAAAUACUUCAAGGACUGUAAGAUGACAGAGUGCAGUGCUUUAGCAAAAGAUGAACAGGUGGCAACUGAACUGUGGAAGAAAAGUGAACAAAUAACUGGACUAAAAAAACAUGAACAGUAAUUCACAGAUUUUGUAGUCCUUUCUCUUUCAUCAUCGUUCACGGCUUCGAGAGGCUUUCUAUUUUUACCAAUACAGAGACCUUAGUAGAUUCUAAGACCAGGUCAACCACGAGGACGAGAUUUUUUUAAUAAUAAGUAGUGCGCACGCGUGACAGGAAGCUUAAGCAACGACGACGGCGACGGCAAGGAGAACGGCAAAAAAGCAAUAGGUUUGGAUUAACAAAACAACAACUUUGCGCGUGCAUCACACUUUUUUGUACAUUUCCUUCCCGUUGUUGCACGGCUACGACGUGAAACUUCCUGUUUUCACGUUUUAUGUAGAACGUGAACUUAAGACAUGAUGAGUCUCAUUUUCUUUUUCAAACUUAGAAGCAGCCCUUUAAAACUUAAUUCUAGAAAAAUUCGUCAACAUUUGACAAACUGAACGAGAUGGAAUGAUGGCACUGAAGUUUGAAACAAUGCGAAUACACUUUGUUUACCACAUGCUCCUGGUUUUAGCGAAAAUGUGUGAGUGUGGAAACAAGUUAUCAAAUAUUUGAAGUUUUAUUUUGUCAUCGGGAAAGGGCUUAACCUCCUUCACUAAUAAUAACCGUGUUACCUGUUAAAUUUUCUGGUGAAAAAAAAAAUGUAAAAAUGAAACUUUCUGACCUGGCUUUUUUAGAAAACGCGAGAAAACGUUAAACUAGUCUCGUCCUCGUGUCGUCUGCGAAUCUAAGUCAUCUAAAGGUCUCUGUUGUUUGCGGUAGGUAUAAAACCUGUUGCAUUUUUUUCUUCAGUUUUUGCAUCUCUUACCAGAAUAUUGAACUUUCUUAUCAAAUAGCGUAAUGUAACACUGCUCAAUGUAAAUUGAACUUUCUGACACAACGCUCUUUUGGUGAUCAAAAAGAACAUAAAAGUUUUCAUUUAACGUGACAAGCGCGAUUAAUUUUAAAUUAUAAGGAAG